AUCACCAACAGGGUCCAUAGUGCACUAUGCAUUUACGUCGGCUUCGGGGAAAUGUGAAAGUGAUUUCCAAUCCGUUUUCCCAUCCCGAAACGAAGCAGAUGGCGAUAUUUAUCACAAAUUUCCCACCCGUAUAAAUUUAUCUUCUCACCAUUUCAAAACAAGCACAUGCAGAUAAAAUGAGGUUUGUGUUUAGAUGUUCGUGGUGCUAAUCUGCUAUUAUUUGUGUUGUGUUGAUUCAGUCUUGUUCUGUCACGUCGUCUGCUAAGUGAAUUUUUUCGUUGGGAAUCGCAUCAAAUAAGAAAAAAUGAAGAUCAUUGGGCUAUUGUUACUAACCAUAGUGGUUACUAAUGGAAUGGAAGAUUUAGCCCUCAAAGAAGUCGCUAAAGGAAAUAAUGAAUUUUCAGCUAGACUCUAUAAGGAAUUGAUCAAAACAAAUAAUGGUAACUUGAUCGUCAGUCCCUUAUCUAUUGAAACGAUUCUGGCUCUGACUUCUCUAGGAGCUAAAGGCGAAACAGCUACUGAAUUGCAAAAGGGUUUGAAUCUUCCAUCAGAUCCCCAACAAAUAAAAGAUCAAUAUAAACUAUUGCAGACUUACAUGAUAAACGGCCGAUUCGUGACAUUAAAUUCGGCUAACAAGAUUUAUAUAGAAAAUGGUUUCGGGAUUGCUCCGGAAUUUCUCGAAGUGGCAACCAAUGAUUUUGGUUCAGGAGUCGAAAACGUUAAUUUCGGAGAAACCGAUAAGACCUCCAGUAAGAUAAACAAAUGGGUUGAAGACAGAACCAACGGCAAAAUCAAGAAUUUGAUUAGCCCAGAUUUGUUGAACGAAUUGACUAGAAUUGUUCUCGUGAACGCUUUAUAUUUCAAAGGACAAUGGUUGCAUCCCUUCAAAGCAGAAGACACGAAACCCUUAGAUUUCCAUAAAUCGAAAGAUGAAACCAUUCAGGUUGAUACCAUGCAAACUACUGGUUUCUUGAGACUUGCUGAAGAUGAAACGCUAGGAGCAACAUUUGUUGAGCUGCCUUACAGGGGAACACCAGCUGUGUUGUCCAUCGUCAUGCCCAAUGAAAUUGGCGGAUUGGAUUCUUUGGAAAGUAACUUACAUGCAUUAUUAAGGUUCCAAAAUUUCACAAAAGAAAACAUUAAGUUAUUUUUACCAAAAUUCAAGGUGGAGACUUCAUUAAAUCUUGUGGAAACACUACAAAACCUUGGUGUGAAGAAAAUUUUCAAUAGAGAUGCAGAUCUUAGUGGUAUAUCAUUGCAAGAAGGAUUAAUCGUUUCCAACGUGGUUCAAAAAGUAUUUAUGGAUGUAGAUGAGAAGGGAACCGAAGCUGCAGCAUCAACUGCUGUAAUUUCAAUGGCGAGGAGCGCAGGAUUCGGAAGAUUAGUGAGACGUACAAUCAAAAUUGAUCGUCCGUUCCUGUUCUUCUUGAAACUGAAUGAAGUGGUUCUUUUUGGAGGAAGAAUAAAUAACCUAUAAUUAGUGUAAUUAUGUGACAUGUGACAAUAUUUGACAAUAGAAUUCACUUAAGUGAAUUCAGUUGACUAUUUAAAUAAAUAUAUCUGUUUGUA